CUCUCUCUCUCUCACACACACACACGCAGGCACACAUACUAACACACACAGUCAGAGCGGAGCAGAGCAGAGGAGCUCUCAUCCUGAUCGGUGCCAGACGCACGGUCGACUUUUUGUUUUUGCGCGAGUUUUACAACGUUUCUGUUUUUUUUGUUUUUUUUAUUAAGAGCAGUUCGUAUUUCACUUUGGUUUCAAGUUUGAUUUUUUUUUUAAGUUUGUGUCUGAUUUUUUCACGCCUGUUUGGAUUAUAUUUCUGGAUUUAAGGUGGAUACUCCCUGACGCGCAGAAGUCAUCUUGAAAAAGUUCGCCCAGGAUUGUUUCUUUUCGACGCAGGAGCGCGCGGCAGCUCGGACCGCUUCAAGAAGGAAAAAAAAACUUGUCAGCGCGACUUCGUCUGGGGUGUUUUUUUUUUUUGACUUGAGUGGUCCCAGAAAUGGUGGGGCACCUACAUUUACAAGCGAUGGAUGAUAGCCUGAAAGGAAAGAACCGGGAAGGGCUGCUCGACAGUCCGGAUUCGGGGUUGCCCCCCAGUCCCAGUCCACCCUUCUGCUCCCUCUCCCCGGGUCUGAUCGAGUCGCGCUCCGGCAGCUGCACGACGCCCGUCGAAAGCCAUCAUGGAUAUUAUAAAAAGGAAAGCAGAGAAGGCAAACUGCUGCCCUACCUGCUGCUGAACUCCACGGGCGCAGACCCAAAGACUCGUAUGUACCCGGUGUUCUUUGGAGAAAGCAUCGAGGUCAACCCCAAACCGGAGCAGGAAAUCAAGUGCAACUCCGAGGUCAAGUACGACUCCGACAAGCAUUACCAGGACCGGGUGUACUGCGCCCCCGUUCCCACACCCACCUCCUUCAGCGAGACGGUGGUGGCGGUGCGGAACUGCACCUGGAGGAGCUACAAGUCCCAGGUGUACCUGGAGCCGCGGCAGAAACCAAUCAGCUACCAGAGCACCACCAUUAUCUACCCAAAACACGCCAAGAACACUUACCGCACCACGCUCAACUACAACGCCAUGGGCUCCCGCCGCUGGUUUGUCUCCACGGUGCAGCUGGAGUCAAGCGAGGACACUAGUCCCUGUAUCAUCUACACGGAGGACCUGUAGGGCCCAGAGCGCACUGGGAGAGGGCCGCCUGGUGAUCAUUUAUUUGUUUUGGAGGGACUUGGGAAGGGAAAUACUUCAAGUAAUACCCGGCGCCCUUAAAAACUCUACUCUGUUCAUCUAUUCUCGCCAUGGAGGAAACUCUGGGAACCCUUUAAUGGCGUUUCACCUGAGUGUAUUUAGACUUUCUACUGAUGCAGUCUUUAAAGGGGACGCUGUCCUCCGGCAGUUUAAAGCUGCACUUCAAUGGUUAAUGUCUUAUUUAAUACAAGAGCUGACAAAUUGGUGGCCUUUGCUCUCUUUCAGGUCGGAUUGUAACCUCAGAGAAGGUAACAGGCUGUAAACGUCUGUGUGAGCGGAGAGAGGUCAUGAUGACGCGUGGUGGAUUUCAGCCGUGCCUGCGCAAACCCAGUCACACCAAUGCCAAGCUUUCUAAUAUGGCUUUAUUGCACUUGUUGUCUAUAUAUCACAGUCCUCCCGGGGGACUUGGCGUUGCAGGGGGGGGGGGCAGAUUUCAGUACUGCAUAUGAAAAAUUGGACCAAAGAUAGUUUAUCUCUUUGUAAUAACUCCACACUUAAAAACAGAUGACUUGCUUUUGUUUUACAGUUUUAAUUAACACUCAAACAGCAGCUUGUCUGGUUUGAUCAAACGUUUAAUUAAGUACACGCUGCAAGGUGCUCUGUUUAUUCACCAGAGCGCUCUGUGGUAUUACGACUAAUGAAAAGAAGGAUCACAGCUCAAUAACAACAGAUCGCCUUGAGAAUAUUUGACGAUAUUUAAAGCCUCUGAAAAUUUGGUUUAAAAUCUUAAAUUCUCUGUAACAUUAAAUAUUCAGCCAUGUUGGAUCACUGCAGUUAUAGUUUUUAGCUGAUGUUAAAUCUAGAGCCCAUCGAGACUUAAUUUGAAUAUUUCAGUGAAGAUAAUGAUUUAGAGGUGUUUCGGUUAACAGAUUCUUCAAAGCAACUAUCAAUGAAGUUGGGGAAAAACAUCCACUGCUAUUAUUUAUCAAGAGCCGAACACUCGGUUAAUCCGUUUCAUCUGGACCACAGCAUCUAGAGAUGAUUGAGAACAUAUGUAUGUUUUCAGGGCCUUUAAAAAAAUGGUGACUAUUA